AUGGGGCCUCCCACUCAAGAGGACUUCGUCUACAGCCUCAACCAAGCGAAGGCGACAAUUGCAUUUGGUGCAAUUGUGACGACUCUCACAGUGGUGUCUGUCGUCGCAAGAUUAUACACCCACAAGUUCAUCAUAAGGAGGGUGAGGAUAGAUGAUGUUUGGGCAGUGAUUGCAAUGGUGGCCGUAUGUGCGGUCAAUAUCUUGCAGAGUGUCUUUGUUUCAAAUUACCUCCCUAGCAUGACAUCGAUGACCGCAAAUAGCGAGGGUGCGAAGAUUGCUUACGCUACGAUGAUUACAUACAACGUCGCCAUGGCAUCGUUAAAGAUGACAUUCCUGUUCCAGUUCUAUCACAUUUUCAAAAACGUCUACGUGAUGAGGAUUGUUUACACUGUGGCGAUAUUUAUCGUCGGAGCCUGGAGUAUCACGCAAAUCUUCCUCGCGGUCUUCGUCUGCGUUCCUAUCGAAGCCAAUUGGAAUCAUGGCAUCCGCGAUCCUGUGUGUUUGCCAGCCUUCGUGUCAACAUACAUCAACUCAUCGGGAACAAUUCUGACCGACGUGAUCGUCUUGUUCUUGCCUUUUCCGACCGUCCUGAGUCUGAAACUUCGCGGUCGUCAAUGGUGGGCUGUAUUUGGUAUACUUGGCAUCGGCGCAAUUCUCAUUCAUGCGCCACCUAAAGGCUACAUGAGUACUGCAUGCUGGACAAUUGCUGAGAUCGGUGUCGGUGUAAUCACAGCAUCUUUGGCAACAAUACGGCACCUGCGAGAUCGCAACAUGAGAACCCUGUUAUCGAGAAGCUUACCUGAAAACCAGAGAGACUCUGUGUCAGCAGGAAUCUUGCCAAGGCCGACACAGCAGAUACCCCAUCAUAUUUCUGGAAGCGAGGUGGACUUGAUCGGUCAAAAUCAAUCGGCAGCGAGUGGCUCUCGGGAUAGCAUGUUCAAGCUAUUUUCCAAGAAGCAAAGCUCGUGGACGUCGAAUGCAGGCAUUCAUGAUCCUCAGGCAGACUUGACGGCAAAUGAAGGUGCGACAAAGACCAUCAUCACAUCUUUUCGAAGAAGGAGAAAGGAGAUGCCCGUGUCAGCGGGAGCUGCUGAUUUUCUAGGAGAGUUCGGUAUCCUGGUGGAGAGAACUUGGGAGGUUCAAGAAAUCCGCAUGGAGUAG